UUCUGAAAUCCUUUCUUUCUCUUCUCUGCGUGAGGGAACCGAAUGAGAGGAGUCUUUUUUAUUUUGUGAAAAGAGCGACGGUUAUGCGAGAUCGUAGGCGACGGUUGUGUCAUGGGUGUCGGUUUCGGGGUAGUUUCUGUCGUAGGGUUUGCCGGCUUGGUCCGAACGAAGGUGCGGGUUCUCCGACAGUUAGAGGUCAACAAUAAUUACUUUAGGGAGGGCAAAAUUACAAAAUAACCCUUCCUCUAAUUAAUUUUUUUUUAGGGAGGGGGGCGGCAGUUGUACCCCCUCAACUACAAAUGGUUCCGCCGUUGUCCACCCUAAGAACCUCCUUCCUAUGUAUCUCUCUCUCUCAUCUCUCCUCCUUCGUAUUCUUGACAGAUUUAUUCAAUUUAAAUUUGUUGUUUGAUUUCCUCAUUUGGGUAUCUCUCUCUUUCUUUCAUCAAGUAUCUUUUACGCCCUCAAGUGACCUCCUAGCUGCCAACGCAAUCACCUUUUGUGUUUUCUCUCGAUCCACUUUCUUCCACAAUUUGAAGAAGUUCCGGCUUUCCUCGACGCAUUAAUGGUUGCGGUGGAAUGAUUGAUUCGUGUUUAUUGGAAUUGUGAAGGAUUAACCAACAAUUUUUAACAAAUUUGAUUUGGGUGCCGCUAAACUAAUUAAUCGCAAGAUGGGAAGGGUGAAGCUUACAAUCAAGCGUUUGGAGAGUAUGAAUAGACGUCAAAUUACCUACUCGAAGCGCAGGGCAGGUAUCGCGAAGAAGGCCACUGAGCUCUCCGUAUUGUGCGACAUUGAUAUUUUACUUCUCAUGUUCUCGCCAACGGGAAAACCAACGAUAUGUCUUGGAGAGCACAGCAAAUUUGAGGACGUUAUUACUAAGUUUGUGCAGUUGACCCCACAAGAGAGAACAAAGAGGAAAUUAGAAAGCCUUGAGGUACUAAAGAAGACAUUCAAGAAAUUGGAUCAUGAUGUAAAUAUUCCAGACUUCUUGGGUUCAAGCAACCAGACCAUUGAGGAGUUAUCUAGCCACAUGCUGAACUUAAGAUCUCAAUUAUCUGAAAUGCAAAGAAGAUUAAGUUAUUGGACUGACCCUAACAACGUUGAUAGCAUAGAGCAAAUCACGCAAAUGGAACAUACUCUACUGGAAGCUAUAAAUCGGAUUCAAAUGCAAAAGAUGUACCUUACCAACCAACCUUUUCAGUUAGAUUACUCUGGUGAGUUUCUCAAUGCCAUGAACUUGCCUGUGGAUUCGAGCAACGAGCAACAACCUUCAAAUAUGCAAUGGCAGCAUCAUGGUGAUGACCAAAAUUUCAUGUUUUCAGGAGCUCCUAGCUUGCUACCUCAAAGAAAUAACAUGUGUUCCACAGAAACAUCACUUCAAGACUACCCUCACUAUUACGGCAUAGAAAAACAAGUAGUGUGUACUAACAAUGGACAAGAGGAACCCUUGAAUGGUAUGGGUCAUAAUUCAUGCUUACAGCUACAGCUUGGAGCACAACACCCUUAUCAAUCCUAUGAUAUGAAUCUUUUUGCUAACAAGUUCCAACCUAAUGGAGAAGUCAGCUUACAGACGAAUCAAGUAGAUUUCCAAUUUAACGGGUUCAGGCCCCCCGUAAAAGAAUUUCCUGCCGAACUACAGAAUUGGGUUGAUGCCACUAAAUCGCAUGUUUGUCCCCUGAUUGAAGAUCCCGUUUACACUCAAUUCCAAGAGCCAAAACAGGUCCAAUAAGAUCAGUGAUCUAUGAUCUAGCUCCUGAGUGCAAUUUUGACGGUCCAGAUCUAAAUGUUACAGAAAUAAAGGAGCAAAAUAAGAUCAAAGUGCAUAUAUAUUAGCACAUAUUGAAAGAUUUUAAUUUUAAGUUGCAUGUCGUACAGAGAAAACUCAUGCAGUCUUUUAUAAAAUAAUCAUAGAACUGAGGCUCUAAUGUAUAUUAAUUUUUCUGGCAGUUUGUUGAA